AUGCACCAGAACAAUACAACACGAUCGUCGUAUGAAAAAGAACCAAUAUCAAACCUUCGAUCGUCGGGAUUAGGAGACUCUAAAGUUAAUGUCAAGCAUUUCACUCAGUUCGUCUAUGAAGGUGCUCAAAUAUACGUGUACGAUGCUAAGACAAACGAAGAAUAUAAUGAUCCAAAAAAGUGGAGUUUCUAUUACGUACCGAUUCUACAGCCGGUUAAAGCUGGUGCUAAAUCUGAUUGGGCGUGGGCGCACAAGAAUGAAGUUCGUGUUCUGAUCGCUCUCGGCACGGAAGAAGUAGAGGCAAUGACUCGAGAAGCGAUUUCCAAGCGUUAUGAUGAUGAAACGGUAUCCAGCUACUCUCGAUUCUGGCUCAUAGCUCCACUAAUGAUUGACUCAUUGAAUAGCUACAUCAUCACAGGCAGUUCAACACCAGUUGAAGGGGUCGUCUCCUACAAUCAUGUCAACCCAAACAAAUUAGUGACCACGAUGCGUUUCAUUUGCACCUCCGACGACAUGGCAAAAACAAUCGUACAAAAAGUGCUGGACGGUGAUUAUGAGAUUGAAGUAGCAUUCAUGUUUUCCGGCUGGUGGGGUAUCAAGGAGAAUUCAAUAUCGAUUACUGGUAGUCAAUUGACAGCAGUACUUAGUAAAACAACCGCCGAUGGAGGUGGGACAAACAAUACAUACAUUCACCGUAAUCAGGCAUCGAGUUUUAUCGGUCGAUAUGUUACUAAUGUUCGAACACUCAUCUACAUGGAGAAUACGAAUACGAAUCUGAGUGUAUUGACUGCUGAUCUACCAGCUCGAUUCGCUGCUCUCUUUCAACAAGGUAAAUAUGAGUUAUUUAAUUGUCACUUAUCAAAUACUGUUGAAUUUUCAUUAGGUAUGGAAAGUGCCCAGGAACAGAGAAUUUUAGCGGGAAAUUAUAGCCAAGUUUGGAAUCCGUCGGAUCUCAAUCCAGAUCGUAUUACCAGAGAGCUAAAUAAAAUGUUUACUUACAAUCAAACAGAAACAGAAAGUCAUAAUUACAGUGACAAAUAUUACAAUUACAAUUCUGAUUGGAAGUUAUCUACUUCGGUAAGUACAUCAGCCAGUGCUAGUGCUUGUAUUUAUGGAAAAUUCGGUUGCGUGAGUGGCAGUACGUCCGUUGAUGUUGAUGUUUCACAAGAGCAUCAGGAGGUUGGCGGUAUUCCUCCUUGGCCAUGGCUAUUGUGCGAUGGUGAGGCUGUUUCACGAGUUACCUACAAUCGUCUAUUCUCCGUUAUUGGAACAAGCUAUGGGGUAGGCGAUGGUUCAACAACAUUUAAUCUGCCUGAUUUUCGUGGCAGAUUUCCCUUAGGUGUCGACGAGGCAAGUUUAGUUGUUAAUAACGCAACAAAACUAGGUGCUAGAGGUGGUCAAGUAUGGCACAAUUUGACACUAGACCAACUACCAUCACAUGUUCACGAUAGAGGAACCUAUUCUACUCUAACAGCAGGUGAUCAUUUACAUACCUAUAAUGAUCCGGGACAUAAUCACGGUGGACACACUGGUUCUUCGGCGUACAGUGAAGGAACCAUGACCUUUCAUACACCAAGAGGUGGUCGUGGCAAUGAUCAUGGUUCUCAUUCACACACUAUUUCCACAGAUAAAACGAAUAUAAACAUUAAUAGAGCUGGUGAUCACAUUCAUUCGAUUAUCGGUCAAAGCAGCGCUGUAGGUGGUGGACAUGUGUUCAGUAUUUUAAAUCCGUAUGAAACAGUGAAUUAUAUUAUCUACAGCAAUUAG